AUGGCAGGAGUCCAUGAAGAUCACAGAACGUAAGAAAGAGCCAUACUCACAGAGGAAAAUUGUAUCCAUAAGCUAAUAGGUACCUUGCAGUCAUCUACAUCAAGUUGCAUCCUCGAAUCUACCAACCAUAUCUCGAAAAUCCUGGGAAUAUUAUGUGGCAAUUUUACAACCAGGUAUUCCACUAAAGAAAUGUGAACAUGGUGACUUUUUAUGGAUGAAGGUCAACCGGGUAUACAUUUAUCCCGCUUUCGUUUUUUCCUCACACUAAUUGAUUGAUAGAUGGUCACAAUUGACAAAAUUCUCAAAUUACACUUUGAAAGAACCGGUCGAAAUUCAAUACUUAUGGAUGGAGGAGGUGGGUUGACAACUGAUACAAGAGUGAGGGAUAUACCUUACUUGGGAUUGGGUGUAUACGCUUUGUGGGAGAUUGUGAAGGUAGAGAGAUGGUGGGAGUACAAGGUUCGACCGACUGAUAUUAAUGAGAGCUCGGGGGUGAUGGAAGAAUCAAAACAUGCUGGGUCGAGAGGGAGAAGGUUUGGCCCAGUCUUAGCAAUAGAAAACCUAUCGUUGAUGGGGAAAGAGGGGUAUAGGGAGCGGAUGCAGAAUACCUCGGUCAAAGGAGCCGCUAUCGUGAAUAAAGAGGAACAGCGUUGGAGUUGGGAAGCUAUGGUUCCUUUGACUAACUUACAUGGGGCGUCGAUCGGAAGCAGAAGUCGUGGCGGUCGGUUCAAGGACUCAAUGGCUUCCGUGAGCAAACUUAUGACGGAAAAGGAAAAAGCAAUGGAGCCAUCAACGUCGACCAAGAUCCCUCCAAUCGAGAUAAACGAAGAAAUCCGUGGUAGCGAAAGGUCAAAACUGAGCAAUAAUUUGAAGAGUCAGUCGACGAAAGAGGAAAGGGGACAGACGAUAAGACGAUGUAGAACGGAUUUAGAGAACGGAUCAGACGCAUCCGCUAAACGAAGGAGAACAAAGUUGGACAGUGAAUUGGAACUUGUGGGUUGA